AUGGAAGAAGCUCUCGCAAAUCAACAAACUGCUUGCUAUUCAGUUGCUCGAGCUCUCGACAAUUUUAAGAAGAUCGGUCGGUCAAAUCUGACGGCCGCCAAAAUUCGCUCGCGAAUGACGAGCUUACAAGACACGUGGACACAAUGUGUACGCAAUCACGCGACACUGCUGCAGCUUGUUCCUGACGAGAAGCAAGUUUCAAUUCACUACUUCAAAAAGGAGACCUUCGCCUUCCACGAGGACCUCUAUCAGGCAGCUAUGGACUACAUGAACGAGUGCUUGGAGGAGCUGGUUCCAGUCGUAAGUCGUGAAACCUCUUUCAACGCUUCGUUCGCGCAUACAGACUCUGCGUCAUUAUCGGUCAAACAUCUUCCUCCCAUCAAAUUGCCGCCGUUCACCGUGUCAAGUUUAACAGGCUCAGCUCGCGAUGCGAUAUCAGGUAUUAAAGUCACCGCGGAUAACUUCUCGGUUGCGUGGAAAGCAUUAACAGCGCGUUUUGAAAAUAAGCGCCGAUUAAUUGAGACUCACAUUUCGAAUUUGUAUAAUCUUCCGAAAAUGACUCGUGAGUCAGCUGUCGAGCUUCACGCCUUACGCGAUAAAGCCGAACAAGCGAUCUCAACAUUGCAACGUCUUAAUCGUUCGCCGGACGAUAUAGUCAGCGACAUUGAUAAACACAUGUCGAUCAAUUGUCAAAGUAAUUUCACAUGUCGAACAUGUAAUAAACGACAUCAUUCUAUGAUUCAUCUCGAUUCGGACUCAUUGCAACAAGUUACAAAUGCGAACAAUACGUCAAACGCGAAUGACGUCAUCGACAACGUGCCUAACGUUACGGCACUCUCAUCAGUUACAAUGACAACUGCGCCGACUCCUGUUGUCUUAUCUACUGCAAAGGUGAAUUUGCAGGCGCCUUCUGGACGCUCAUUGGUUGUCAGAGCCUUGAUUGACGGUGGAUCAGAGCUCACGUUUGUGACGGAGCGCGUUGCUCAAAUAUUACGUCUCAAGCGUAUACGAACGCUUACUUCAACGUCGGGAAUAAGCUGCGCUGACACCGGUACAUGCCGAUCUGCGGCUCUGAUUCACAUCACUCCUCGCAAAAAAUCGAAACCAAGGUUCACAACGGUUGCCUAUAUUAUGAAGGCAUUAACGAGGUAUGCUCCCAGAAACGCUUCGCAAUCGCAAGAUUGGAAACAUAUUUCCAAUCUGGAAUUGGCUGACGAUGAUCCUACCGGAUCAACACCGAUUGAUCUCAUAAUAGGAUCCGAUUUAUAUAAUCACGUACUCGUUCACGUACGUAACGGACCGCUCGGUCAACCAGGUGCAAUUGAAUCGCAUUUCGGAUGGAUCCUAUCCGGAACAACCUCUAUCCCGAAUCACGUGACACAACCCUCUCAUGUGGUAACUUCAACUCUCGUAAUUCCGCCUGUUGAGGAUGCGAGUCGCGUCGUGCAAUCAGCUCAGUUAAAUCAACGUUACAGUGUUGUCGCUCAUUGUUGUUCUCUCGAAAAUCAAUUGUCUAAAUUCUGGGAGGCAGAAGAAACACCUCAAUCAAUUGAAAUGUCUCCAGAUGACGAACAAUGCGAAGAACAUUUCAAACAAACGCAUUCGAGAACAUCGGAUGGGAGAUAUAUCGUGCGUCUGCCGUUUCGAAACGGCCCACCCAUCGAAAUCGGUGAAUCUCGCGAAAUAGCCGCGCGUCGGCUUUCGUCGUUACUUCGGAGAAUUAAUAAUCAACCUGCGAUUAAGCAGGAGUAUUCUGAGUUCAUGAGCGAAUACGCACAGUUGAAUCAUAUGAAAGUAAUCGCACCGGUGGAUUCAGUAAAUUCACAAGUCGUGUACAUCCCUCAUCAUCCGGUCAUUCGAGAGACUAGUUCGACAACUCGGUUGAGAGUCGUAUUUGACGCCUCAUGCACAACCUCUAACGGUACCUCGCUCAAUUCUCACAUGUUUACUGGGCCUAAACUACAGUUAGAUCUGCAAUCGGUUUUAUUACGUUGGCGACAGCACAAAUACGUUUACUCCGCAGACAUAGCGAAAAUGUAUAGACAAAUAUUGGUCGACUCGCGAGAUAGAGAUUAUCAACGCAUCCUAUGGAUAGAUGAAAAUUCGAAUAUUCAAGAACAUCAACUCCUUACGGUAACAUACGGUACGGCUUCCGCACCGUUUUUAGCUCUUCGAGUCAUUAAUCAGUUAAACGAUGAGGAAGGAAGCUCGUUUCCACUAGCAUCUGCGGUUUUAAGCGAGAACGUCUAUGUGGACGACGUGCUGUUUGGGGCCGAAGAUAUGCCUCUCCUUAAACAGACUCGAGAUCAAGUUUGCAAAUUGUUGAAACGCGGUGGAUUCGAUCUUCGCAAAUGGGCGAGUAACAAACCGGAGUUGCUCUCAGAUAUUUCAUCGGAUCAUCACGGGCUCGCACAGCUUAAAUUAUUCGAGACUGACAACAAUCUGAAGGUUCUCGGUAUUUUUUGGAAUCCGACGCACGAUUGUUUCCAGUUUCAAAUUGAAUUACCACAGACUCUCCCUUCUACAAAACGAACGAUUCUCUCUACCAUAGCCAGAAUAUUCGAUCCACUUGGAUGGGUCACACCCGUGGUUCUCAAAGCGAAAGUUUUUAUGCAGAAAUUAUGGCGACACAAAGUAGGCUGGGACGACAAUCUCUCAGAAGAUCUCCUUUUACAAUGGAGCGUGAUUUAUAAAUCACUUCCUUACAUCAAAAGCAUAAAACUUAGUCGCUGGAUUGGAUGCGAUUCAGAUACCAAGAGCAUCGAGUUACACGGUUUCGCGGAUGCUUCCCAAGUAGCUUACGCCGCAGUAGUUUUUUUGAGAGUCACAACAUUAUCCGGUCAUACAACUGUUUCGCUCCUCGCUGGGCGAUCCAAAGUCGCGCCUAUCAAACCGCUGACAAUCCCUCGAUUAGAAUUUACACAUGAAAAUCCCGCUGACUGUGCAUCUCGCGGUUUACUCGGCACAGAAUUGAGCGCCUUCGACAUUUGGUGGCGCGGACCUUCAUGGUUGAGUCUUAAGCAGGAUGAUUGGCCCACAUUCACAAUAACGCCGAUAGACGAAACACAGUUAGAAGAAAAAUCGUGUCAAGUGCAUCAAGUGAACGCUAAUGAACCGUGGAAUCUCACUACUCGAUAUUCAUGGUGGCCGAAAUUAAUACGUAUUACCGCCUACAUUUACCGUUUCAUAAGGAAGUGUAGAAAGAAACACACAAUAGGAUCGAACAACAAGUCUCAAUAUCACGCUCUUACUACAGUUGAAUUCAACGAAGCACGAAACUUCUGGCUGAACUUCAUUCAGUUAGAACUAUUCGAAAACGAGCUCCAUAAUUUAAAGUCAAACAAACCGUUGCCUACUCACAGUCCAAUUCUCUCAUUAAAUCCGUUCCUGGAUUCUGACGGUCUAAUUCGCGUUGGGGGGCGAUUAGAACACUCGUCAUUAUCUUUCCAGUCCAAGCAUCCAAUCUUAUUAGCCAACCAUACGAUCACUACUAUGAUCAUCCGUUAUACGCAUGUUGUAUCUCUCCAUGCCGGUCUUCAAUCCACUCUUUCAAAACUUAGACAAGAGUUUUGGAUUUUGAGAGCAAGAAGUCUAGUAAGGUCGGUUAUUUAUAAAUGUGUUCCGUGUACAAGAGAAAAGGCUCAAGUAGCUAGUCAACUGAUGGGCCAGCUACCUACAAGUCGUGUUUCGGCGCCCUCUCGAGCGUUUCUACAUAGCGGUGUCGACUACGCCGGACCAGUCUUCACACGUGCUUCAGCCGGCCGAGGAAUUACCUCGCGAAAGGCCUACAUAGCACUCUUUAUUUGUUUAGCCACACGCGCUAUUCAUCUCGAACUGGUUAGUGAUUACUCGACUGCUGCCUUUCUUAACGCUUUUCAAAGAUUUUGUGCGCGACGUGGAUUACCAGAGGUCAUGUACUCGGACAAUGGCACUACGUUCGCAGGAGCAGACAAGGAGUUGUCGCAAGCGUAUCGAGACGCUCAAAGCGAUGUUAACUUUCUCAACUUCAUCGUGUCAGAUAACAUCACAUGGAGUUUUAUCCCUCCCCAUGCUCCACACUUCGGUGGAUUGUGGGAGGCAGGGGUCAAAAGCGUUAAAUACCACCUUCGUAGGAUAUUAGGAAAUCACACCCUCACUUUCGAGGAACUUACUACCGUGCUUUGUAAAGUUGAAGCAUGCUUAAAUUCAAGGCCCCUGUGUCCAUUGACUGAUUCGAUUGACGAUUUUGAAGUUCUCACUCCGGGUCACUUUUUGAUUGGAUCGGCAAUCACAAUCAAUCCAGAACCUUCUGUUCUGCAAAUCAAUGAAAACAGACUGUCACGGUGGCAGUUGCGACAGAUCACGGAGCGUUUUUGGAAGCAUUGGCACGCCGACUAUAUUAACACGCUUCAACAGCGAACUAAGUGGCGAAAGGCAAAGUCACUUAUCCAUAUCGGUUCCAUGGUUCUGAUUCAAAAUCCUCUUCUUCCUCCUUGCAAAUGGGAACUCGGACGCGUAAUCCACUGUCAACCAGGCUCUGACGGAUUAAUUCGAGUAGUUUCCGUCAAAACAGCGAACUCGGAAUAUAAGCGUCCCAUAACUAAGUUAUGUGUGCUUCCAAUCGACGUUGAUUCUGACGAUUCCAUCGAGGAUCAGCCUCGAGUGUCAAGCAAUUAA